AUGGCGAUGCGGCUGGUGCUCCCCUUUUUCUGCCUGCUCCUGGCCUCCGCCACCGCUCUUCCGCCACCCUACCAGCCUCAGUCGGACAACGCUCCCACUUCCGCUGACGCCUCUGCGCCCUCAGACUCUGAAAAUGUCAUGGUAUGGGCCGUGGCUGUCCUCGUCGCCGGGGUUGUGAUUGGUGCCGUCUGCGCUGGCCGCAGCUUUGAUGAUGAUGGCUCCAAGGCGUCCAAAUCCGCCAAUAAGAACACCGGUGCCAACGUGCUCCAACAAGCCGUCAACGCCAGCUACAUUCCCAUGGAAACCGGCACCGAAGACCUUGCUGAGUUCAGCGACCUCUCCGUUGAACGAUCUGCCGUCAACGUCACCAACGAACUUGGCUGUGGUCGUUUUGGUACCGUUUCUGAAGCCGAGGCUCGGGGCUUGGCCGGUGGUGCCUUUCCACGCUCCGUUCUCAUGUUUGGCUCGGAAAUUUCUCUCCUUCCCGAUCUGGCCGACGGCUUUAAAAAGACCGCCCUGCUCCUCCGCCAGCUGGAGCACCCCAACGUCCUCCAGCUCGUGGCCGCCCAUUUUUCCACAGCUCCAACCUUUGUCCUCAUGGAGGCCUGUUCCAAGGGCACCCUGCUCCACGUGCUCCGCUCUUCGCGGAUCGCCGACGACGAGGAUGAGCCUCAGCUUUCACUGCAGCACCAACUCAACCUGUGCUGUCAGCUAGCCGAGGCCGUCGCCUUCCUGCAUACCCGGGAUGUCCUGAUUCAAGACAUUGGGGCUCGUAGCGCCUUUGUGACCUCUCAAUUUCAGCUCAAACUCAGUCUCUUUGGCGUGGGCAUGGCCGUCUCCGAGAGUGAUUACGAGGACUUUCACAAUGAUGAUGUUACCCUCUCGAACCAGCCCCUUCGCUGGCUGCCCCCGGAGCUCUUUGAAGGCUCCCGUCCCAUGCCCGACAGCGAUGUCUACAGCCUCGGCGUCGCCUGCUGGGAAAUCUUUGCUUUUGGCGUCAAGCCUUGGGCUAGCGUGCCUUUGAACAAAAUGCUCGAAUGGUUGCGCCAGGGCCACUACCUACCGCCGCUCGAGGGCAUGCCUGCGGGCACAUACGAGGUUUUACAGCAGUGCUGGUGUUUGAACCCGGAUGAGCGUUUGCCUGCGGUCAACGUCGGCUCCCGCCUACGCCAGCACGCCAAUCCGGCACAAGAAACCAUUUUUCCUCGCUUUACACAGCCCUCCUUUGAUCCCGCCGCGCGCGCUCCGCCCACCUCCGCCCAACCUGCCGAGCCAUCCGUCCCCACGCCCGUGCCUGGUACGGGCGACCACCCUGUCACAGGCGACCAGCCCACCGCGGACGCUCCACCUGUUGCGGACGCUCCACCUGCCGCGGAUGCUUCACCUGCCGCGGAUGCUUCAACCGAGCCUGUUGUGAAAGCGGCUCCCGCACCCUCUUCCGAAGCAGAGGAAGCCAUGCCCGAGCCCCCAGCUCGUGCCAUCAAUGCUGGCUGCCCUGCUGAGCCUGAAGAUGAUGGGCAUGAAUACGUCAACGAGGACGUGGCAGCUCAAGCCGCAGCGGGCAUCUUACCUCGUGGCGAUGAUGAUUACAUGAACGAUCGCAUCCUACGUGAGAACAUGAAUCAGCAGCAGGCCCAUCAGCAGGAGCUGAGUACCCUCGCUUCCGCGCAUGGCAAAGACCUUCCACACCUUCCAGGCCAGCCGCCCGCAGAAGCGUUACCGGAUAAGAACGCAGUCAACACCGGCGCCCCGCCCAUGCCCGCCCCAGCUUCCGAUGGCGAUGGUGAUGAUGGCUUUGGGUUUGCCGCUUCUGAAGCGGAUGGUGCUCAAGCACCCGCCCCCACAGAGACAGCGUCUACCCCUGCCCAGGAUGCUGACCACGACGACGAGGGCCCCAGCAGCAAUGGCAACUAUGUCAAUGAAGAUGCCAUCGCAGCAGCAGCAGCUAAACUCAAUAUGGAUGACGGUGAAUACAUGAAUGACCGUAUCAUUCGUGAACAAGCCGCGGCCCAAACACCACCCCCGCUCCUUCCCCGGGCGAACCCCGGCCCACAACAACAGCCACAGCCACAUCCACAGCAACAACAGUAUGGGUUCCCACAGCAGCAAGGAGGCCCACCCCCGUACACGCAACAACAACAGCAGCAGCAACCACACCAUCCACAACACAUGAUGGCUGGGCGUGGUGUCGGGCCACAAGUACGCGCUAUCCCACCUGGCAUGGCUCGCGGUCGCGGACUUGGUGGCUAUCCGGGCGGGGCGCCUUACCAGGGCUAUGGCCCACCGCCCCCGGGCUAUGGCCCUCAAGGCUAUGGACCACCACCGGGCGGGUAUGGGCAGUAUGGGCCCGCUGGCUACGACCCCUACUACGCUGCCUAUCUGCAACAGCAGCAGCAGAUGUAUGGUGGCGGUCCGGGUUAUGGACCGCCACCAGGGAUGUACGGUGCGCAGUACCCUCCUCACGGUGGCCGUGGUCGUUAUCACUAUCAACCGCCACCGGGAUCCUUUCCCAACCUGAGGCAAGGCCCACCCAUGCAUCCACCACCGCAAGGCAUGUACGGGCAUCUCGGUCGUGGUGCGCCAGCCCCACAGGGUGGACCGGGCGCCCCACCCGGCCAACUUUCGAUGCAGCAGCAGCGGGAGCUAGAGGAGAUUCGUCGCAUCGAGGCGCAGCGGCAGCAGCGCAAAAAUCUCCUGGGCAGCGAAGGGGCUAAUGCGCUGCACGGCGGCGUGAAGAGCAAUGGCUACAUGCGAGGAGAAGCCAUUGAGCAGGCGUUGUCAAGUCCAGGGGCUCCCGUGGAGCGACAACGUCAAGUAUGGGGUGACAACGUCCCAGCCACGGGCGCCGCUGCUGCGUCUGGUGAGGACGAGAUUUCCGUCGCCAAGCGCCAGGCACAGGCAGCCAUGAAGACCCUGCAGACUCCGGAUUUGCAUACCGACUUGCGCCAAAUCACUCUCAAAAAGGGCCCUUCAGGGUUUGGCUUUGUGAUCAAAGGAAGUGCCCCAGUCGCUGUUACACAGUUGGAUGCCGGUGGUGCAGCCGAGGCCGCCGGUUUGGUCGUGGGCGAUGUGAUUGUGAGCAUGAUGGGCGAGUCGGUGUAUGGUCUGUCUCAAAAGGAAAUUGUGACCAAAUUUGUCAGUUUUGGCACCGAGCCCAUCCGCCUCGCCGUUAAACAGAUGCAUGGCCCGCUCACUCAUUCCGGCGACGCACUGUUCAACCUGCAGCUCUCGCUUGAUGACAUCGCGGCGGAUGAUGUCAAAAUUCCUGGCGGUCGCCGUUGCCAGUGCUCACGAUCUCUGGGUUUGUAG